AUGGGAAAUGGUUCGGUGAAACCCAAACACGCUAAGCACCCAGAUGGCCAGUCAGGGAACCUCAGCACGGAUGCUCUGCGGAACAAGGUGGCAGAGCUGGAGAGGGAGCUGAGGAGGAAGGAUGCAGAACUUCAGGAACGGGAGUACCACCUGAAGGAGCUGCGGGAGCAGUUGUCCAAGCAGACUGUGGCCAUCGCCGAGCUCACGGAAGAGCUGCAGAGCAAGUGCAUCCAACUGAACAAGCUGCAGGACGUGAUUCAUGUGCAGGGAGGAAGCCCACAGCAGGCCUCUCCCGACAAAGUGCCUCUGGAGGUUCACCGCAAGACAUCAGGGCUGGUCUCUCUCCACAGCAGGAGGGGGGCGAAGGCUGGAGUGUCUGCAGAACCCACAACCCGCACCUAUGACCUCAACAAACCCCCCGAGUUUUCCUUUGAAAAAGCAAGAGUCAGGAAGGACUCCAGUGAGAAAAAGCUCAUCACAGAUGCCCUCAAUAAGAACCAGUUUCUGAAGAGGUUGGACCCACAGCAGAUCAAAGACAUGGUGGAAUGCAUGUAUGGGAGAAACUAUCCACAGGGCAGUUACAUCAUUAAGCAAGGAGAACCAGGCAACCAUAUCUUUGUGCUGGCAGAGGGUAGACUAGAGGUGUUCCAAGGAGAGAAACUGCUAUCGCCCAUCCCAAUGUGGACCACAUUUGGGGAACUAGCCAUUUUGUACAACUGUACGCGGACCGCCUCUGUGAAAGCUAUUACCAAUGUUAAAACUUGGGCACUGGACAGAGAAGUUUUCCAAAACAUUAUGAGGAGAACGGCCCAAGCCAGGGAUGAGCAGUACAGAAACUUCCUCAGAAGUGUUUCCUUGCUGAAGAACUUACCUGAAGAUAAGCUAACCAAGAUCAUUGACUGUUUGGAAGUGGAAUACUAUGACAAAGGCGAUUACAUCAUCAGAGAAGGAGAAGAAGGAAGCACCUUUUUCAUUUUGGCAAAAGGAAAGGUGAAAGUCACACAGAGUACAGAAGGCCACGAGCAGCCACAGUUGAUCAAAACCCUGCAGAAAGGGGAGUACUUUGGAGAAAAAGCUCUGAUCAGUGAUGAUGUCAGAUCAGCCAAUAUAAUUGCUGAAGAAAAUGAUGUUGCAUGCCUCGUGAUAGACAGAGAAACAUUCAACCAAACCGUUGGGACAUUUGAAGAACUCCAAAAAUACCUUGAGGGGUAUGUGGCCAACCUGAACCGCGAUGAUGAAAAAAGGCACGCAAAGCGCUCUAUGUCUAACUGGAAGUUGUCCAAAGCCCUUUCUCUGGAGAUGAUUCAGCUGAAAGAGAAGGUGGCCAGAUUCUCUUCAACCUCCCCAUUCCAGAACCUUGAGAUUAUCGCAACACUGGGCGUUGGUGGGUUCGGAAGAGUGGAGCUUGUUAAAGUUAAAAAUGAGAAUGUUGCUUUUGCAAUGAAGUGUAUAAGAAAAAAGCACAUUGUCGACACUAAACAGCAGGAACAUGUCUACUCGGAGAAGAGGAUCCUGGAGGAGUUGUGUUCCCCGUUCAUCGUGAAGUAA